UGCUCCAGAGUUGCCGAGUCAUGUUGAGGCAUUAAAUUCUCCUCCACCUCCUCCUCCUCCUCCACCUCCUCGACCGCAGCUUCUGGAAGUGUGCCGACGGCGACGCAGCAGCAGCAGCAGCAGCGACAUCACAGCUCUUUAUCACAGCAUUUAUCCUUCCACUGUGAAGAGUGGCUGAUCUGCUGCUUACCUCACAGGACGGAAAAAGCUUCAACCAGCGACAGAGUGCGUGUGUGUGUGUGUGGGUGGGGUAAAGACCUCCUGGGGUCGUACCAGCGGUGCGGAAACUCCCCGUGUUCUCAUGUGAUCCGGAGUCUUAACAGCUGCCGUCGAAGUGCUGCUUUGGGUUAAGCAUCACAACAGACAGGGGUUAAAGAAAUCCCUGCCAGGACACAUCCGAUUGUGAAGUUACACACAUUUGCCAACCACUUCUCCUUUUUUCCCCCUGACUCUGUGAAAUGUCAAAGUGGAUCCCUUUCAAACCCCUGAAACCUGUCAAAUCUGGACCAACAGCGGUUUAAUGAUCAUGGUUUGACUUUUGCUUUGGGAACUGUGUGAUCUGGAUUCAAAAGCUGCCAGUCAUGUUGGAGCCUGGAUCUGUUGACGAGGGAGUAUUAUGUGGUUCACCAUCAGUCUGCCAGUUUGUUUACCAGUCGGAUUGGUGCAGAGAAACAUAUGAGCUGAACGCAUUUUAUGUGGCAACUGACUUUUCCUGUGGACCGCUUGCUGUGCCGGCUGACCGUGGCCAGGAUCUCCAGUCAUGGAUAGUAUCGUUACGCCAUUCACAUCCCUAACUUCUUGGGAAAUGUCUCCUUACUGAAUAGACUUUUUUUGUGUUGAAUUUGAGGCAAAAUGAAGGAACUAAGGGCAUCUUCUCACCGGAGCCUUUGCAAAGACAAAGGAAUUUCAUCUGUUGAAGGUCUGAGCCCGAUGGGAUAAGAACUGAAAACUCUGAACUGUACAACGCUGUCAGACUAAACAAGUAAUUACUCAAAACAAAAAACAGAGUUUGUCUUUCCCAGAAUGCAUUGCCCGAGGAAGAAACGUCCCACACGCGACUCUGAUUUCUCGGCUAUUGCGGUUCCGUCGAUGCAUGGGUCCGGGUAUCUUGACUACAAAGUGGAGACCCAUGCAUCCAAAUCCAUGGAGGUGAUGGAGGAAUUCAGACAGCAGGAGAUGUUGUGUGACCUGGUGCUACAUGUCACAUACAAGGAAAAGACGGUGGACUUCAAGGUGCACAGGGUGGUGCUGGCGUCCUGCAGCCCCUACUUCAGAGCCAUGUUCACCAGUAGCUUCAAAGAGUGUCACGCCUCGGAGGUCACCCUGCAAGACGUCUGCCCUCAGGUGGUGGGAAGACUUAUUGAUUUUGCCUACACCUCCCACAUCACAGUGGGCGAGAAGUGUGUGUUGCACCUUCUUUUGGCUGCUAUGAGGUAUCAGAUGGAGGACGUGGCCAAGGCGUGCUGCGAUUUCCUUACCAAGCACCUGGAGCCUGCCAACGUCAUCGGCAUCGCCCGCUUUGCUGAGGAGAUCUGUUGCACAGAGCUGCACCAGCGGAGUCGGGAGUAUAUCAACACACACUUCAAUGAGGUGAUUAAAGAAGACGAGUUCUUCAGCCUCUCUCACUGCCAGCUGCUAGAGCUCAUCAGUCAGGACAGCCUCAAGGUGCUCUGUGAGUCUGAGGUGUAUAAGGCCUGUACAGACUGGGUCCGCUGGGAUAUGGAGGGCAGAGCCCAGUACCUGCAUGCCCUCCUGAAUGCGGUUCAUAUCUACGCCCUGCCUCCUAAGUUCCUAAAGAACCAGCUGCAGUCCUGCCCCAUCCUCAGCAAGGCCAAUUCCUGUAAGGACUUCCUGUCUAAAAUCUUCCAGGAUAUGACUUUGAGGAAGCUGCCUCCUGCACCUAACCGUGGAACGCAGCUCAUCUAUGUAGCCGGCGGAUACCGACAGCAUUCACUGGACACCAUGGAGGCUUAUGAUCCCAGGAGGAAUGUGUGGCUAAAACUGGCUGACAUGGGGUCUGCAUGCAGUGGUCUGGGGGCCUGUGCUCUGUUUGGACUCCUCUACACCGUUGGAGGAAGGAACCUGUCGCUUCAAAACAACACUGAGUCCAGCGCCCUGUGCUGCUACAACCCGAUGACCAACCAGUGGAGCCAACGCGCCUCCCUCAGCAUCCCCAGGAACAGGGUCGGGGUGGGCGUGGUGGACGGCUGCAUCUACGCCGUCGGAGGCUCUCAGGGCUCCACACAUCACAACACGGUGGAGAGGUGGGAUCCAGAGUCUAAUCGCUGGUCCUCUGUUUGCCCGAUGUCGGUGGCUCGUCUGGGUGCUGGAGUGGCGGCGUGCGGGGGUCUGUACGUGGUGGGGGGAUACGAUGGGCAGAACCGCUGGAACACUGCUGAGAAAUACCAGCCUGACACGAACACCUGGCAGCAGCUGGCACCCAUGAGCACUAUACGCAGUGGACUGGGUUUGGUGUGUGUGAACUCUCACCUGUACGCGAUAGGAGGGUAUGAUGGGCGGAGCCAGCUGUGUUCUGUGGAGCGUUACAAUAUAACCAGGAACCAGUGGGAGCCCAGGGCCUCCAUGCAGUACUGCCGCAGCGCACACGGAGUCGCAGUCCACCAUGGAUGCAUCUUUGCCUUCGGAGGCUUCAACCAGCACGGCUUCCUGUCCAGUGUCGAGUGUUACUGUCCAGAAAGAAAUGAAUGGACGUGCGUCACCGAGAUGCCCGUUGGACGCAGCGGCAUGGGCGUCGCUGUUACCAUGGAGCCCUGUCCCGGCAGCCUGCCAGAACAAGAGGAGGACGAGGAUGGAGGCACAUGAGGAUGAGGACGAGAUGGGUUGAAGUUUCAAGUGUUGAGUACAGUUCUAAGUGGUGCUGCUUUUCAAGAGAGGGUUAAGUGAAAAAAAAACAUUCCAAUAUGAAAACUCCUCAUACACCCCCGCUCUCAUGGAUCUCAUUUGUAACGCCCCGUGGAGUACUGCAGACAUAUUCUGAAUGGAAGAGGAAGAAUAUUUCUACAAAAAUAGUAGCAUAACAGUGACCUCGCAGUGAACAAGGUGCUACGGAUAUUUUUUUUAAAAUAAAUAUCAAAUCAAAUAAUGGUACUAUUUGAUUAAGUAUUGCUAGUCCUUAGCUGUUUUUAUUCUCUUAGUGUUACAUGUUAUUUGUAACUUUACAAAGUUAAUGACCUUCAGUGUCCUGAUUUCUAAUUCCUCUGUGUUGAAUCUCUACCUCUGUCUGAUUUCUAAAUCCUCUGUGUUGAAUCUCUACCUCUGUCUCCGUCUAAAUGAGCACUAUUCUUAUGUGUUUUGUUUUAUUUUGUGCCAAUAUAGUUUCACCCAAAACUGCCAUUUUGUUUGCAUUCACCAUAUUUUAUUUUGUUAAAAUAAAGUUAAUCUUAUGUGUAU